GGAAGGGGAUAUUAUAAUUAGAGGCCUCUCUCUCUCUCUCUCUCUCUCUGGCGUCUACAUACCCACACAACUCAUAAAGCAAGGUGGUACACACGCAUAGAGCUUCCACUCAAAACCAUUCCAAACAUUCCUUCUUGCUUUUGAAACCCCCCCACCCCCAAAAAAAAGUGUGUUUUUAUUUCUCCUUCUUUUUAUCAACCUUCCUCAGUUUCAUCCAUGGAUACUGCUCAGUGGCCACAGGAGAUAAUGGUGAAACCAAUAGAAGAGAUAGUCACAAAUACAUGCCCGAAGCCUGCAGCAGCAGCUUUGGAGAGGAAAGCGAGACCUCAAAAAGAGCAAGCUUUGAACUGUCCAAGGUGCAAUUCAACCAACACCAAGUUCUGCUACUACAACAACUACAGUCUCACUCAGCCUAGAUACUUCUGCAAGACUUGUAGAAGGUAUUGGACUGAAGGUGGUUCUCUCAGAAAUAUUCCUGUCGGUGGUGGCUCCAGAAAGAACAAGAGAUCAGCUUCGGCUACUUCUUCAUCUUCUUCCUCCUCUUCGUCUAAGAAACUUCCUGAUCUUGUUACACCUUCAAGAUUGUCCCAGUCUUCUACUCAAAACCCUAAGAUCCAUCAAGGCCAAGAUCUCAACCUUGCUUUCCCAUCUACUCCAGGUAUAACAAGUUUUUCUGAAUUAAUUCAACUGCCUAAUAUUGAAACCAACAACAAGAACAACCAAAUCUCUACUUCUUCUACAUCCACUGCAUCGCAACUUUCAGCUUUGGAGCUGCUAACUGGAAUCUCUUCAAGGGGUCUGAAUUCUUUCAUGCCUAUGCCAGUUCAAGAUCCAAACUCAGUUUACACAUCAGGGUUUUCUCUUCAAGAUUUCAAACCAACCUUGAAUUUCUCUCUUGAUGGGCUUGGAAGUGGUUAUGGUAAUCUCCAGGGGGUUCAAGAGGCUGGUGGGAGGCUUUUGUUUCCAUUUGAAGAUCUAAAGCAAGUCUCAAGCACAUCUGAUAUUGAGCAGAAUAGAGAGCCGGGAGAUUCAGCUGGAUAUUGGACUGGAAUGUUGGGUGGAGGUGGAGGAUCAUGGUAAGCUACACAGUUGAAGAAAAUAAUUAAUAUGGGUGGGUCUUAUUUUACUUUGGAUUUUUUAAAAGAAACUUUUUAUUAAUUUGGGUGACCUGUUUGGAUUUCUUCAUUACUAACAGAUAGGAUACAUGGGUUUCUCUAUAUUUGCUUUGUGAUUUUAAUCUCAAUUAUCUUCUUUACUAUGUUAAUUGAACUCUGGAGGUUUGAAGCUUCUUUUAGAUUGGCUUCAUUUUAAGGGGGAAAUGGGGUUUGUAUAAGACAAAAGAAGAAGAAGAAGAAGAAGAAGGAAGAAGAAGAAUAGAUCAAGCUAAGCCCAGAAUUUUUUUUAGGGUAUGCAACGAGUAGAAGAGGUCAUGAACUACACAUGCCCUUAACUUCAUAUCAUGUCUCUUCCAUCUCACGAAAUCAAGAGCUAGCAGGAAAGCUUACCCAUCUAGCUAUUACGUGUCAUUGGUUAUAGCUUGGUAUUAAAAAAAAAAAGACGAAAUAAUGUAUGAUGUGAAAAUUUGUAAGAAGUUCUAUGGAUGAAAGGCUUUGUUCAUUAUUAGUUUCUUUCAAUUUCUCAGACAUGUUAAUUAGUAUAUAUAUAUAUAAUUACUAUGUUAAUACAUAUUCUUGUAACCUCGUCAGAUAUAUUUCCAAUGGUGGCUUUGAACUAUUCCUUUUCCCCUCCUCUCCUGUUCUUUUUUGAAUAUUUGUAAACAGGCUCUGAGCAUACAUGGUGUCAUCAGGACUCAGAUUUUUACAGACAUUAGAAGCAAAUCAUGGAGCAGGUGGGAGAAUUGGAGAUCAUGAUGAACCAGGUAGCAUAAUCUCACGGCUAAAACUGAAAGCCUCACCUACUGACUUCCAUAUCCAAGCACUCUUCAAAACACAGUCACAUUGCCCAUUUUUCCCCGAGUGAUCAUUGAUCCCAGGCCACCUUCUAUUUUUUUUUUUUU